GUGUGGUCACUCCGCCACAUGACACGUGGCUACUUCCUGUAAAGCUACAGGGUGGGACAGGCGGAAGUAGCGUCCUGCGUUGGCUAGUAUUUCUCUCGCAGAGCAGUUGGAUUGAUAAUUCAUCACUCAACAUGCCGGCGUAUCACUCAAACCUGAUGGGGUCCGAGACCAGGCUGGUGGGGAACAUGGCUCUGCUCCCCCUCAAAACUCAGUUCAAGGGACCAGCCAGAGGAGACGGCAUAGAUUUAGACAUCAUUGAUGAGGCCAUCUACUACUUCAAAGCCAAUGUUUUCUUCAAGAACUAUGAAAUCAAGAAUGAGGCGGACAGGACGCUGAUCUAUGUCACCCUCUACAUCUCCGAAUGCCUAAAAAGGCUACAGAAGUGCAGCUCCAGGGGUCAGGGAGAGAAGGAGAUGUACACCCUGGGCAUCACUAACUUCCCCAUUCCUGGAGAACCUGGCUUCCCUCUGAAUGCUAUGUAUCUUAAACCCACAAACAAGCAGGAAGACGAGACCAUGAGGGCGUACCUCCAGCAGAUCCGCCAGGAGACCGGCCUCAGGCUAUGUGAUCGUGUGUUUGACCCCCAGACAGACAAACCCAGCAAGUGGUGGGUGUGCUUUGUCAAGAGGCAGUUCAUGAACAAAAGUCUGUCGGCACCCGGACAGUGAACAACUCAGGACCUGCGCAUCUGUCUAACACCUGCAUCAUGGAUGGAUUUUUUUUGGGGGGGGGGGGCAUGGGAUGAGAUGGGGGUCUGCUUUUGUGUUGCUUAAAAUAAUUUUGUACUCUUUUGACUUCAAGGAUAUGUCUUUGCUCGUCUGGAUCAUAUUGAGCUGGUGCUUAAUUCAAUAAAGCAAUCAUGGAGAUUGGAAA